CCAGACGCUUUCCAUAUCAGUCAGUGUUGGCAAUGCGUCCCCUUAGGCUUUCACAUUUUCUCUCUUGACCUCCAUGAGAAGAGACCCAGCUAAUAUGCAAAUGGUGUGACGAAAAUGGCCGUGAAACGUCGCGAAUACAUCCUAGCGGGCUUUGGUGGUUUCGUCGCUUGGGGUUUUGCUGUUCACUGGCUCCCUGUUCUUAGAUAUCUUGGAUAUGCCUUGGCUCUGGGGGCCUUCAUUUCCUCCGCCGCUAUCUUUGGCGUCGUACUCCUCACUUCACGAAACUCAUCCUCGUCUAAAACUAACCAGUCUAAGAACCUACCUGUCGCAUUCGUCGCACGCCGGCAUUGGCAGAAGGAGGUCCAAGUGUUGCAGAAGCACUCCAAGUAUCAUGCGGAAUCACUAUAUCCACAGUCAUUCAUCGUGUCUGAAAGCAUUGAUGAGAUGCUCUCACUUAUAUCUCGUGACUUCGUCUCGUCAUGGCACAGCGGAAUCAGCCCGAACCCCACCUUCCCCAGUGAGGUGGACAAGGUGAUACGGACAGCAAUUGGGAAUCUUCGCGAUCGGCUCGUGGCAGAAGAUAUUGUAUCCCUUAUCGUCUCUCGAAUAUUUCCUAUUUUGACUACACAUCUGAAAGAGUUCGAUAUCGCAGAGCGAUCUGUACGAGGAAAGAACUUGACUCGCAAUGUCACUGAAUCUGAGGAGUUGGAUCUUGCUAUCGCGAGCAAAUACCGUGAUGGCCAUUUACACCCGGCCGCCGUCCUUUCUCUAUCCGACCAAAAAAUAGUGGAGCAAGAUUAUUUGCGCAAAAUAACCGUUGGAUUACUGCCCCAAUUGUUCCCGGAAAGUGUUCUUAGCAGUCGCAUUGUCUCGGUACUUGUGAGGGAAAUUGUUUCUUGUGCUGUCCUCUUUCCACUUAUCUCAGCAAUCUCGGACCCGGAUACAUGGAAUCAAUUGAUGGAAGCCUACGGUCGAACUGCUCUUCAGGAUCGGAAAACUGUACGCAAGCUCCGGGCUGCCUUGGACGAACAUGCAUCCCCUGCUCCCAAAUCGAAACGCAGCCAUCCUUUCCCACGUCUCUCGCCAAACGAUUCCGAGCGAGCUUUCGAGCGGUUUGUCCGAACUAUUCGACGCUGCAAUAACCUGUCCGACGCCCGGCGGUUCAGAGCUCUUGUAGCUAGUCAAUUGAAACGAGAGUCGAUGGUUGAAGGGCAGGACCCCGUCUACCUUCGGCGACUCGAAACCGGCAAAAGGGUUCUCGAUCAGAAAGUGGCCAAACUUUCGGCUCCUAAUGACCAGUCGUCUCAUACCGCUGCUGCCGUUUCACACUUCCGGCGCAAGAGCUCAUCAGCGGCCCAGGAUGCGUCUCUGGUUGAAGUGAUGCAUGAUGCAUCGGGCCUAUCGUAUUUUAUGGAGUUCAUGGACCGUCAACAUCUCAUGUCUCUCGUGCAAUUCUGGAUCGUGGUUGACGGGUUUCGUAACCCGCUUGAGGAUGACUUCGGCGACGAGUCAUCGCCCAGUUCUAAAUCGUGGACAACCGCGGACAGGAAUGACAUGGCUCUAAUUAGCGAGACAUACCUUACAAAACCUGAACUGAAAGUGACAGAAGAAUCUCGUCAAAUUGUGAAGGCCUUCCUAGGUGCAGGAAAGCGCGCCACUUCCGAACAAUACCGUAAAGCUCGCACGGUGAUAUUGACCACUCAGUCUGCUGUGCUGGAAGAGUUGCAAGAUGUUUAUUACCCGAAGUUCAAGCAGUCGGACCUAUACUAUAAAUAUCUCGCGCUCGAUGACGGCGCACAUAGUAGCGGCGUCGCUGUGCCGUCCCCGUCAUCUCAACAAACCCCUGUGGGCGCCCUCGAAAUUCGGGAAAGACGCCCUCUUCCUCCAUUGAUGAAUCGCACGACGUCUCAUCCGGGUUCCAGGCCGAAAAAGGAUCUACGACGAGCUGCCAUUUCGUCGAAUGACGUUCCUAGCUUAGGGAAACUCUUUGACGACGAAGAGCCAGCGAGGGGGUCAAUAGACUCUGAGCGUUCAGUGCCACUGUUCGACGAUGACUACGAUACAGAUCCGCUUGCCAUGUCCACCCAGAGCCUUAACCGAGACACUCCGCACGGCGAGUCUGAGAAUAGUGAAAACAGAAUAAUUGAAAACAUGGAGGCGGCUCUUAAUGACAUUAUCACGAACGAGCCUAAGCAUGGGAAACUAGAAGAAUUGCCUACCAAUGAUCUAAACCAAAAAUCACCUCGCAGUUCGACUGAAAUUCCUGCAGCGGAUGGUCGAGACGAUAGAUUGAAGCCCAGCAUUGCCUCCUUAGGACUUUUGGAUGGGACAUCACGCCGCGGAGUGUUUGAUGACGACCUUUUUCCUGAACAGCAAAAAUACCUUGAGGAUGAAUAUGAAGAGCCAGAGGGCGCGGACGCCAAGGAUUCUGCGGACGAGGUUCACGAAGCAGCACCAGGAGAUUUAGGAUUGACGGAAGCAAUUCAAGCGCUCACGACAGACAUUGAGAAACUCGGGUCGCAAGAGGCGGUGGUCGACACCUUGACUCGAAAGGCUGAACUCACGAACAAUACAGCCGAGCUACGGAUUCUACGAAAGUCUAAGACAAGCAUCCAACGAGAGCUUCAUCGCAAGGAUAUGCAACGACAACAGUACAUGAUCCAGGAGAGUGACAAUAGCCUGUAUGGCCGGUCGAGCAUCCGAAUUAAGUCCAUUGUAGUGGGGAAAGAGGAGGAUGGUCGAGAGUUUGCUUUGUAUGUUGUUGAAGUACAAAGAAAUGCUGGGGAGCAAAUGCCAGCGGCCUCCUGGGCAGUAGCACGCAGGUAUAGCGAGUUUCAUGAACUUCACCAUCAAUUACGCAUACGAUACCCAUCUGUGCGCCAGCUAGAGUUUCCCCGGCGACGAAUGGUUAUGAAGCUUCAAAAGGAAUUUUUACAAAAACGACGUUUAGCUCUGGAGGCAUAUCUUCAGAAGUUAUUGCUUCUUCCAGAAGUAUGUAGGAGUCGUGACUUACGCGCUUUUCUCUCUCAACGAGCCAUCAUCCCACGCAACGAGGCACCGCCAGAUGGGGAGACAAAGGACCUAGUGACCCGUAUAUACAACUCUGUUGCCGAUGGAAUGGAUGAUUUCCUCGGGAAUUUCGGCGUGCUCGACCAACUCUCAGUUGCUGGACAAAAUCUCAUAUCUGCCGCCACCAGCCAACAACAACAACAACAACAACAACAACAACAACAACAACAACAACAACAACAACAACAACAACAACAACAACCAUCUACCGUUGUACCAUCGGCGGCUACCUCUAGCCUUUCUACUGAAGAUGCUGUGACGACCGCCGAAGCUGAGGCCGAGCUAAAUGCCUUUGAAGAUCGCGAACUGGAGCCUUUUAUUAAGCCUAUCUGCGACCUCUUUUUAGAAGCCUUCGAGCUCAACAAGGGCAAUAAUUGGCUCCGUGGCCGUGCAGUCGUCGUCGUGCUCCACCAGCUCCUCGGCGGUACCAUUGAGCGUAAGGUUCGCGAGGGCGCGCGCUCUUUAGUCCAAGACGAACAUCUUCUACGCUACCUCGCUCUGGCAAAGGGCUUACUCUGGCCUGGUGGGACUUUUCACCAGAACAAAGUCCGCACGGCCUCGGAGCGUCUCAAGAGCCGCACAGAAGCUAGUCUAGUCCUUGCAACACUCGUACCAGAUUUUGCGGGCAAUGUAGUCGGGCGUGCAAAUGCUCAGGCCGCGGCGAGGAGAAUCUUCGCGACAGUGAAUAACCAGCGAUUGAACGCGCAUUUGAUCUUCACACUAUUAGACGAGAUCGUCUUGGUCUUGUUCGGCGGGGACAAGGCCACUGGGCGAAUUCGACCAUGAAAAAACACAUAACACAUGACAUGAAUAUUAGACGAUAAUGACUCGCAUGGCUCAUGAUGGCGACGACAUCCCUUCAUUGCUGUAUCUGUGCAUUUAGAAAAUGAAAGGCUGGGGCUGGUUUCAGCCCACUGUCGCAGACUGCGUGAUGUUUGAUUCGCGAUUCUCAUAAUAUAUAAUGUCUCUGAUUUCCCGCCUUAUGCUUUCCCCGUCCUGAGAUUAGUAGCGGUGUAUUUUAGACGAACUUAAGAAAGGAGGGCACAUCGAUUCCGGUUGUAAAUACUUAGAUAGGGCUGAUAUAGGCGUGAUACAUAGAUAGUACUCGUACUCCGUACCCGGUCGUGAUACUUGUAGUAUCGGCGG